AUGAAGAUGCUGUGGCCUUCUGCCCCCUAUCCUUCUUCACCCAUUCCCAGUUCUUCUUCUCCGACUCCAUCAUCUCCUUCUCCAGAAUUUUCUCCUCUUCCACGUCCAGUUUCUUCCUCUUCAUCUUAUUUUUCUUCGUCUUCUCUACCACCUCUUAUUUCUCCGUCCCCUACUUCUCCGUCCCCAACUUCUCCGUCCCCAGCUUUUCCGUCCCCAACUGCUCUGUCCCAAGCUUUUCCGUUCCCAAUUUCACCGUCCCCAACUUCUCCUGCUCCAACUUCUCCAGCUCCAAUUUCUCCAGCUUUAACUUCUCCAGCUCCAGCUCCAGCUCCAGCUCCACCAUCUGUAAUUCCCAAUCCGGAGGGAAAACGGAAAAAAAAACUAAAUCCAAAAAGAAAAGGGUUCGGCAUGUGGACAAGGUUGCCAAACACCGGAUUUGCCACAACUAAAACAGCAGAUGGAACUUCAAUUUUCUAUAAUGGUCGAGUUUCAACUCCAACCGGCACUGCUCUCGUGUUUAUCAGUCUGACCAUGCUACCACUGCUUCGAACGUCAGAAGAAAUUGCAUGCGACGGAACGUUUGCCACUGUGCCAUUGCUGUUAUCGCAGUUAUUCACGUUGCACGUUGCGGCAUAUAGAUAUAUGUUUCCACUGGCUUAUGCUGUCAUGUCUGAAAAGACACAAUCACUAUACCAGUUGGGUCUUGAUCGUAUUCUACAUGCAAUUUUCCGAAAAGUUUGUACAGAAGAAUUACGGCAGUCUUAUAUGCACCGGCCAAAUGUAAAGAAAAUUGUUAAAAUGCUUAUUGCACUCGCUUUGUUGCCUGCCGCACAAGCUCACCAAGGGUUUUAUGAUAUCUGCCAAUCAUCAGUUGUCUUACUGCAAGAUGAAACUCGAUGUGCUAAAAUGCAAAUCAUUUAUGAAUACAUGGGAAGUUAUUGGUUCCAGAUAGUCACUCCAGAUCGUUUAAGCGUCAAUGGGCAGCCCAGGCGUACAACGAAUGAGGUAGAAUCUUUCCACCGAUGGUUCAACAGGCGAUGUGGAAAAUAUCAUCAGAUACUGGCAAAAAGUAGAAGAAGGUGCGUAAAGGACUACAACCUCGCCCGAUCAGGACGGCUAAUUCGACGAGAACAUGCCAAGAAACAAACAGAAAAGGAUGCGCGUAUUAGGACUUUUUGCCAAUCUUUUGACAACCGUGAAAUUACGGUUUACCAGUUUCUUGAAAUGUGUUCCAGAUUUUUCGAACCUCUGCAUAAUCCUGCACCAUUAGGCGGCCUUUUAGCUGAUCCCUUUGACUCGUACCAUAAAAACUCUGUUUCCGAUAAGUCUUUGGAAGAAGACCAACAAGGCGCUGAUGUUGGACCUGACGUCAAUCGAAGAGUUGCUCGUGUCCGUCGACAUCGUGGUGUUCGACGAGGUGAUGGUAUUCGAGGAGGUGAUGGUGUUUGA